UCAUCACCACACACACACAGCAUCAGCGCGCGCUCCACUCCAAUACCGCCGCCACCGCAUCCGCAGCAGCAGUUCAAGUUCGCCGGAGAAGAUGGCCGGAAGGAAGGGAGGCGACAGGAAGAAGUCGGUGACCCGCUCCGUCAAGGCCGGGCUCCAGUUCCCCGUCGGCCGCAUCGGGCGCUUCCUCAAGAAGGGCCGCUACGCGCAGCGCGUCGGCUCCGGCGCCCCCGUCUACCUCGCCGCCGUCCUCGAGUACCUCGCCGCCGAGGUCCUUGAGCUCGCCGGCAACGCCGCCAAGGACAACAAGAAGUCCCGCAUCGUGCCGCGCCACCUGCUGCUCGCCAUCCGCAACGACCAGGAGCUCGGCAAGCUGCUGGCGGGAGUCACCAUCGCCCACGGCGGCGUCCUCCCCAACAUCCACUCCGUCCUGCUCCCCAAGAAGGCCGCCGAGAAGGCUGAGAAGGCCGAGAAGUCGCCCAAGUCGCCCAAGAAGAAGGCCGCCGUUAAGACCCCCAAGAAGAAGACCACCGAGGCGUAGACUUCCAGCAGUGAUGAAUGGGUGGUGGGAGGGAGCAUCUAAGUGGUAGAGGGCGUAGUGUUUUAUGGCUAGAUUGGUGUAUGUAAUCCUGGGUCACCAAAGACAACAUCUGGUUGUUUUGUGUUGAGUUCGUUGCUAAUGAACUCUGAAAUCUGAAUC